AUGCUCAAGCGGUAUCUGGUUGCGAUGGUCCCACUGAUUUCGUUGAUAACAAGCGGCUAUGGCUGCGAUCAAAAAUAUCCUGCAGCGUGCGCGUCACGUCACGACUACGCCUUUAGAGUGACAGACGGCGUAAAGUGUCUCGGCUCACUUACGCCAUAUACAAGUUUUAUACUGGCCAAGUCUGCUGUUGCUAUGAAAGUAAUGGUGGUAGAUGCAGCUACAACAGAGCACACAGCAACUCGAACAGCGACAUCAUCAGCUCCUACUUCAUCUGCUCAUACUCCAUCGGCUCCCGCAUCCUCUGUUCCUAGCGAGAGCUCUCUCCCCAAGCCCAGUCAAGGCCCGCCCCUUGCGGCGAAAAUUGCCAUCGGGGUGGCCAUCCCUCUAGUAGCUAUCCUCACAGGGGCCGCAUGCUUUUUCAUCUUUAGAUACAGAAGAAAGCGAAAACUGUCUCAAGAAAUGCAUGAGCUCGGGCAAGAUGCACGCGGCAACGGUGGUGAUGAUCUGGAAACACCAAAGCCGGAGCUGCCAGGCGAUGCCGGCGUGGCGAGUGCUGGACAAAAUGAAGAUGCCUUUCGCAAGGCCGAGCUCGAUGCUAUCAGACAUCGCUCAGGCGGUGCAGUGGAAUUAGCUGCUGAAGUGACUAGUGGUAGAAUACCAGAGUUGCAUAGCAGUUCCAGCCCUAGGGAGCUGGAUUCUACGUCCAAAGGGUUGAGCGUUGUUGAUAUAGUUGGGCAUGAUGUCGAUAAUCAGCAUGUAGAUGAAAGGAGCAGGGGAUUGUGGCAAUGGAGCAACUACCAGGACUAA